AUGCCUUCUGAAACAAUCUUCCCCGCCUUUUUCUUCUCACAUGGCUCGACCGGCAUGAUUGCCCGCCGCACCGCGCCCGCCGCCUACUGGGAAGAGGUGGGCCGUCAGGCGUUGGCACAGGGUGUCGAGUGUGUGAUCAUCAUGGGUGCCCACUGGGAGACUCCCGACGAGACCAUCCGCGUGAGCGGCAACCCCGCACCUGCCAUGCAGCCCGUCGCAUGGGUCCCGACCGAGCAGUACGUCAACUUUGACCUCAACCCCGACGUCAAGCUGGCCGAGGAGGUCCGCGGCAUGCUGGACACUGCGGGCUUUGAGGUCGCCCUCGAGCCCGACUUUGAGCAGAUCCACGACACGUUCAUGAUCCUCAAGUGGAUGUUCCCCGGCGGCCGCUCGUUGCCGCACUGCGUCGUCUCGCACAAUGCCCGCUGGGACCCCCACUUCCACCUGCGUAUGGGCGCUGCCCUCCGCCCCCUGCGCAACAAGGCCCUCAUCAUCGGCUCGGGCGGCGCCGUGCACAACCUCUACCGCAACGCAUGGUUCAGCGGUGUCUUCUACCGCGACUCGCUCGCGCAGACCGCGCCCCCCGAGCAGUGGGCCAUCGACUUUGGCGAGGCGUUCAGCAACGUCGUCACCCAGAACUCGGGACCCGCACUGCGCCGCGGUAUCGCGCGUCUCAUGGCCCACCCCCAGUUCCGUGACGCGCAGGGUACCGACGACCACUACAUGGCUGCGCUCUUCGUGGCCGGUGCCGCCGGCGCGCUCGAGGACGAGGGCCACGCAAACUAUGCCGGUGCCGAAAACUACGAGCUGCAGUCCAUGCGUAAUUCCCAAUUCCAGUUCGGAGACUGGCCCCAGGCUCCUCACGUCACCCCGGUGCGUGCCGGCAUGUGGGAGGUGACAGCGUAG